CGGAAUAUGCUAAAUCUGGUUUAAACCGGUUUCUAUCUUAAAUUUCAAUAUAAAAACUUAAUAAAACAUAUACAGCCGUUAUUGUAUUUUACACGAGACGCUGUGAGGCGUGCACGGUUCCGUUGCUCACGAGCACAUUAUUUUGACAAAUAUUCAGAUUUUUAACAUUUUUUCGGGGUUUUUCUGCAGUCAAGAUGCCCAAAAGAAAGAUUGAUGGUGAGAAGGCCGCCAAAGGCAAGGAGGAGCCAACAAGACGCUCCGCGAGGUUGUCUGCUAAACCAGCUCCUCCUAAAGCAGAACCAAAGCCCAAAAAAGCCGCAGCCCCUAAGAAGGCAGCCAAGGGGAAGAAGGGCAGCAACCCUGCUGAAAACGGAGACGCCAAGGCAGACCAGGCACAGAAGGUGGACGCUGCUGGUGAUGCCAAAUGAGAAGCUAAUGAGUGUCUGAUCCUUCUAUGUACUUGGUGACUGUACAGUUUGAAAUAACUAUUUUUUACCAAGUUUUAUAUUAAGAAUAACAUUUAUAGUUGACUUGUUUGAUGUAUUGAUUGAUUUGACAGGAGUUACUAUAUUUCAUUCAUAUCCAUUUGUAUCCCAUUUUUUUAAUCAAGCGUCUAUAUCUUGCCAAAACGGUUUGCCCUUGCUAAAUCUGUUGGCAAAAAAACAAACAAAAA